ACAGCUAUUUAAAAGUUUUUGAGACGUAUUGUACACUUUAUCAUCCCUCGUUUUUUGGGGGCAGAGGGUCUCCUGGUUGAUGACUCUACUGAACCAAGACCGUGUGGGCUUCGUAACUUUCCACACGCUCGAAAGGAAGCGUUGAGAUUUUGUCUUCGUUGCCGAUCUGCAGCUGCUGCUGCUUCCAACUUCAGAACUUCAGCGAACUUACUUCCACUGGAGUGGACUGUGCGAACUCAGUGUGUGUUUGUGUGGACCGUGUGAGCAGGAAGCGUAACACUGCUUGAAGUGCUGGUGUCCAGUUGCCCCGGGUGAUGGCACACAGACGCCCCAUAGCCGUCCUGCUCUUCGCCCUCUACAGCGUGGCCUCUGCAGGUCCGCUGUCCCGCAGCCCAUGUGAAUUGUUGCCGGUGGGUGCCAGCCACCCUGUCCAGGCCUUCCUGAAGAGUUUUACGGCCCAGUCUGGCUGCGCAAGCAGAGGAACCACCAGCCUCCCUCAGGAGGUGCACAUCAUCAACCUGCGUAGCAGCAGCCCUGAAGGAACAGGAGAGAGACCUGCAGAGGUAGCACUGCAUCUGAGGCCAAUCCAGUCUCUUUCUGUUCACCACAAGCCGCUGGUGUUUCUCCUGAACUCGCCGCAGCCCGUCCUGUGGAAGCUCCAUACGGAGAAACUCGUCCCUGGAGUCAGGCGAAUCUUCCACGUGUCACAGGGGUCAGAUGUUCAGUUUGAGGGGAAUUUCUCGCUGUCGUGUGAAGUGCAGACUGAGACCCUUCCCCACGGCAACGAGCACCUGCUGUCCUGGGCCCAGCGUCGCUAUCACGCCGUCACCUCCUUCAGUGAACUGAAGAUGGCCCACGAUGUCUACAUUAAAGUUGGAGAGGACCCUGUGUUCUCCGACACUUGCAAAAUUGACAAUAAGUUCCUGUCUCUGAACUAUCUGGCGAGUUAUGUGGAGCCUCAGACAUCCACAGGCUGCGUCCUGUCCGGCCCUGACCCCCAGCAAGAGGUUCACGUUAUUGAACUGCAAGCCCCCAACUCCAGCAGUGCAUUCCAGGUGGAUGUGACGGUGGAUUUGAGGCCGUUAGAGGGGGAGAUUCCUCUGCAUCGUGACGUUGUGUUGCUGCUCAGAUGUGAGAAAUCAGUGAACUGGGUGAUUGAGGCCCAUAGCAUCGUCGGCAAACUGCGAAUAGUGACAUCAGAUAGUGUUAGCCUGAGUGCUAGCACGGAGCGGCUAAUGCAGGUAUCUAAGACUGUAAAGCAGAAGCUUCCUGCAGGUGCUCAGGCGCUGAUCCAGUGGGCACAGGAGAACGGUUACAGCCCCGUAACCUCAUACACCAGCACAGCUGUGGCCAACGUCUUCAACCUGUGCCUCAAAGAAGCUGAUAUGGUGGAUCCUCUGGAGUCAAUGUUUCCUCCGGAGCUCUCCAUCCUCCAGAAAGGCAACCCGCAUCCCCUGCCCAGUGCCCGGGAUGCUCCUGCCCGGCCCAGCCUCCCCUUCCCUUUCCCUCCACCCUCAGACCAUGGCCUGCCCUUUCCACUCCUCCCACCCUCUCUUGAAGAGCCACAGGGUCCUGAGGAGCAGCGCGGGGCACUGACUGCAUUGUUGAGCGUGCGCUGUGAGGAGAGCAGGAUGGUGGUCAGCAUCGACAAGGAAAGCCUGCAGGCGAAUGGCAUUACUAAAGCUAACAUAACCCUUCAGGACCCACGAUGCAAAGCAACAUCAAACUCCACUCACUACACACUGGAAACACCUCUUACUGGCUGUCAAACCACCAAAUACCCCUCCCACUCAAGCCCAGUGGUCCUCUACAUCAAUUCAAUUGUGAUCAGCUACUCAGAAGUCAGGGACGGCAGUGGCUGGCCACUGGAUGAUGAAGACCUUGAAUCUGGAGAUGUGCUCUUCCCAGGUUAUCCAGACAGCCCAGAAAGGACUGCCCUGGAGACUGGACACCGCUCUACCAUCAUAUUUAACUGUACAUAUCGUAAAGACCAGGAUGCUGCAGGUGAGUCUCACAGGCUGGGGUUUGGCAGGUUACCCAAAGAGCCAGUGGACAAUGUGACGUUCAGCAUGGAGCUGUUUACGACCAACCUGUUCCGCUACCCACCACUGAACAGCUUCCUGACCAUCUCAGAGAAUAAACCCAUCUUUGUGGAGAUCUCCGCCACUAAAACGGACCCUGAUCUGGGCUUCAUGAUCCAGUCGUGCCUCAUCUCUCCGGACUCCAACCCUUUGGUACCGUCUAUGUAUAUGAUCAUAGAGAACAUCUGUCCUACUGAUGACUCGGUGCUGUAUUACCCUCAGAAAGUGGACUUCCCUGUGCCUCAUGCUCAAAUGGACAGAAAGCGCUUCAGCUUCACCUUUAAGUCAAAGUUUAACGUCUCAGUGCUCUUCCUGCACUGUGAGAUGGCCCUCUGCUCCAAGAUGCCAUCCAACCACCAGGGACUGCCAAAGUGUAUGCUCCCGGAUGAAGCGUGCACAUCCGUCAGCUUUGAGACCAUUAUCAAAAUGAUGAUGAACACCAAAACCUCCACCAAACCACUGGUGGUUGUCUUAGACAAUGACAGUGGAAGUGUCAAUCCUGAGGAUAAAAGCACAAAAACGCCUGUGCCCACAACCCACAAGCCUCCGCCUCUGCUUCCAAACGCUCCUGGUGAUGCUGAAUCGUUCAUGUAUGUGCUGGACACUCCUACGGUGGUGGGCAUUGCCUUUGCAGCCUUCGUCAUUGGAGCCUUGCUGACUGGAGCCUUGUGGUUCAUUUACUCGCACACAGUUACAGAUGGUACACUCAUUCCUUGGUUCACUGGUUUAGGUUCGCCUGCCUUGUUCCUCCCUUCAAUGGCCAUUUUAUCAGAAACGCCUACCAUGUUAUUCAGAGAGCAAGCAGCAGGUGGUGCAGUCUCCUCCAGCCUCUGAGAACAGCAGUGCGGCCCACAGCAUCGGCAGCACUCAGAGCACCCCCUGCUCCAGUAGCAGCAAUGCAUAGCACCACUUUGUUUCUCUGGUGACGCCUCCUUUACCCGCCAUCAGACCUCAUUUAUAUUUGGCUGCGCUUACUUUACUCUGGCCAGACCCCCUUUACGUGUGGUCACACCUCCUUCAUCCAUGACCACACCUUAUGUACCUAUAACCACACCUCGUUCACCUAGGACCACACCUCUUUUACCUCUGGUCACACUUCGAUCCUUUUACCCUUGCCUCACUUUCUUUUUCUUCUGUUUCCACUUUCUUUUCCACUUGCAUCACUUCCUUUUCCCCAGGCCACACCUCUUUUCCCUAAGCAGCACCCCUUUCCCUUGACCGCUCCUCUUUUACCCUAGUGAGGUUUGUUUUUUCCUUCGAUAUUCUCCAUCUCAGAAGCUUUCUGAAAGUGGAAGAGGACUGAGUGAAUUUUGUAGCAUGUACAGCAGCAGUAACUGGCUAGUCACUUUGGCUUGGAAGCGGAAGGACUUACCCUUCUGUCCUAAAUGGCAUGAGGAGUCUGAGAAUGCAAGCAGCAUGUGGAAAACAAGUCGGGAUGGAAGAUGAUAAAUGCUGGUGAGAAACCAGCCAAUUUUUACACGCUGCUUUACAGAAAAAAAAAGACUACAACAGAGAAUUUUGUUUUUACCAUAUAUGGGUGGGAAAUGUCUGUACAUAACAAAGCUUGUUUACCCCAAUCAUUCUUACUGCGUGGAGGCAUCUGGAAGAUCAGCCAGAUAGAUUGAGGCCGAGACUCCAUGUGAUUGCACAACACUAUUCAAUGUGCCAAAGCAAGCUAUUCCUAAAAACCUGCGUGGCCAAUCAAUAAUUAGUACCAUGUAGGUCUCGUUUCAGGGCAGGAAUAUUCCAAAA